AUGCCACCGGCCAAGCGAGUCCGGUACAACACACAAACCCCAACCACUGCCCUCACGCCACCACCACCACCACCUAUCCCCACUGGCCAUCACAGAGUUUCCACCAACACCUCUGCAUUUUCACCCACUGCAACUUCCAAAGCUUCAGUCCCCCAAAGAGCAGCCGCCAAGCAACUACAAGCUCUUCACCGCUUGCAUAAACAGGCCAAUCACAUCCAAUCACAGCUACCUUCCGGUCCUCCUACCUCUCACAGCACUUCACAGCCCCAACAUCAGACCCAUCUCACUCCACCACCCACUCACCCAUUACCAGAAGCUCUUAAGCUUGACAUCCUCCCCCUCAAACCAACCAUGCUCUGCUCAGCAUCAACCACCAGCUUCUCGCACUUCAAUCCAAGAUGGAGUGCCUAUUGUCCAUGCUACAUUCACAGGACCAUCUUUCCCCUCUUCCACCUUGGUGCCUCCUGCGACUACAGAACCAUCCCAUUUCAACAACACCGCUGCCUCCACCACACCCACCAAUCUCCCCCCAGACGGCCUAAAUACAGCACAAAGAGUAUGCUGAUCAGGGUUGCCCUGCUCCGGUUCAAGAUCCUUUCACCUUGGAUGCCUUGGAAGCUGCUAUCAAACGAGGAGCCCAUCCAUCUGCCCAAGCACCUGAAGCCGCCGCAGCGUUGA